AUGAAGCCAUACUACCAUAUUCUGAAAUGUCACGGUAACGUCAAAAAAAACCAAAAUAAAGCCAUACUACCAUAUUUGCAAGAGGCCGGCUUCGGUGAAUUGGUAAAACUUGGAAAUUAUAAACUAGAUGUUGGUCUCAUUACUGCUAUGGUGGAGAGAUGGAGACCAGAAACUCACACAUUUCAUCUUCCAGUAGGUGAGUGCACCAUAACUCUGGAAUAUGUAUACUAUAUUUUAGGAUUAAAUGUUUCUGGUUUUCCUGUUACCGGUUCAAAUUUUGUGAACGUUAAAGAAAUUUGUCAAGAUUACUUAGGAGUUAUCCCACCUCAAGGAGCAACAAAAGGUAACUCUAUUAAAUUAAAGUGGCUCAAGGAUACGUUUGACGAUGUUAGUGAAAAUGCAUCUGUAUUAGAAAAACAAGCAUCUUGUCGAGCAUACAUCCUACAUAUGAUUGGAGGGUUAUUGAUGUCUGAUAAAUCCAACAACCGG